AUGAGAGGCGGAGCCGCCCAGGAAGACCGCUACAGAGGGCCGAAUGCAGGAGGCCCGCAGCGGAACGGGACGCCGUCCAAAUGCAUGAUUAGCCAGCAGGAGGUGCAAAGCUUCAUUGAGAGGUGCCUAACAACCGUGGGCGCCAAACCCCAUCAUGCUAGCAGCCUAGCCGAGGUGCUGGUGACCGCAGACUGCAGGGGGCACUAUAGCCACGGGCUCAACAGGAUGGAUAUGAACCUGAAGGACAUACAGACAGGAGUGUGUGCAGUGGAGGGCGAGCCCGUGGUGGAGAAGGAGAGCGCAGCCACAGCGCUGGUGGACGGGAACAACCUGCUGGGCCCAGUCGUGGGAAACUUCUGCAUGAAUCUGGCUAUUAGGAAGGCCAAAGAGGUCAGCAUUGGCUGGGUGGUGACGCAUGGCUCUAACCAUUUUGGAAAUGCUGGUUAUUAUUCAAUGCAAGCCCUGAAAGAAAACAUGAUCGAGAUAUUUAUGUCGUUUCUCCAGGGUAUGUCAUUUACCAACACCUCCCCCUUGGUGGCCCUCCUGCGAGGUAAAGAGCGCACGUUGGGCACCAACCCGCUGAGCGUGGCGSCUCCCGCCGAACACGGAGACAGCUUUGUCCUGGACACGGCCACUUCUGCGGUAGCGCUCGGAAAGGUGAGAGCCGGACUUAUUUUGUGGAGCUGAGGCGAUCCGAUCCCUGAUGGAUGGGGCUGUGACCCGAAGGGACACGUAACAACGGACCCAACGAGUGUUCUGACCGGAGGAGGACUGGUCCCCAUCGGUGGCAGUGAAGCCACAGGUGGCUACAAAGGUUACCGUCUUGGGAUGAUGGUGGAGGUCUUCUGGGGGAUCCUGGCUGGAGCCCAGUACAGCAAAUACGUCCGCACAUGGAAGGUCACCGACUGCGUCGCCAACCUGGGUCAGUGUUUUGUUGCAAUCAACCCGGAAAACUUUGCUCCCGGAUUCAACGAGAGAAUGUCGGAUCUGCUCUCCAUCCAGAGAGACCAGGACCCUGCUGAGCCGGGCUCGCCUGUUUUGGCUCCUGGAGACCCGGAGAGGUUGAACAUGAAGAAGUGUGAGGAGAUAGGGGGAAUACCCUACCACAUCAACGUUGUCGAGUACAUAAACGAUUAUGUGAAGAAAAUCGGCGUCAGCCAGCUGCUGCCAUGUGACAAGGUCGUCUCCGUUUAGACGGUCAACCAUGGAUCUGUUGCUUCUACUCACUUUAACGCCAACGGAAGGAAACUUUAUAGGAACAGGGUGACAUUUUUAAAGCUACAAAGUCAAAAAUUAACAGCAAUUAUCAGUCUCAAGUUAUUGAGACUGAUAGAGGA